AUUCCACCGUCGCUAGAAACAGCUUUGCAGUACGCCCGGCAUGAGACAGAAAGUGUUACCAUGUGGAUCGACCAAAUCUCCAUAAAUCAGCGCGAUGACGCCGAGAAGAAUGAACAAGUCGCAAACAUGCACCGUAUCUAUCCCGCAGCAACUAAAGUCAUCGUUUAG